AUGAUCAAAUCGAAAAGCCUUCAAUUCGCGAGCAACGCGACGCCGGUCAAUCGUAUUUGUUGUUCGGGUAGUGUCGAUGAGAUCAAAGAUCUGAUCCACACCACUCGCAGCUCACACUGGGAGCCGCCAUGGGCGUCGUGGCGAUGCCGCCUCGGCCUCCCUUAUGGUUGGGAGCAGGCCAAGGACAACGAUGGCAACAUUUAUUAUAUCGACCAUCUGAAUCGAGCAACGACGUACACGGACCCGCGAAAAGCGCGACCGCCGGACGGCCGCCGAACGGUGACGAUCAAACGCGGCAAGGACAUCGGGUUCGGCUUCGUCGCCGCCGGCCAACAGCCGACGAUCAUCCAAUUCGUGUCGCCCGAAGGCCCGUCCGACGGCCUCCUAUUCGCCAACGAUCAGAUAAUUGAAGUGAACGGCAAGAACGUGGAGAACGAGACGAAAGACAUGGUCGUCUACGCGGUGCGUUCGACGAGAGACGAGCUUCGCAUCACCGUCGAGCAGCUGCCGCAGCGUCCGAAGUCGUCGCGAAAGAAUUGCAAGGUGCGCUUCACCGAUCGCGUGCUCGUCGCCAACCACUCCAACAACAACUCCGAGUUUCCGCCGACGCUUCCCAACGUGCUUCGCGUCUAUCUCGAGAACGGCCAGACGCGCUCGUUUCGCUACGACGAGACGACGACGGUGAAGGCGAUUCGCGAUAGUAUCCUCGAGAAAUUGCAAAUUGUCGCCCGCGCGCAUUUCUCGCUCGCUUUGGAGUACUCGCUCGGCGCGCGAACGAGUCGAAUCAGCAUGCUGCGGCCGGAUUGUAAAAUUCAAACGAUUAUCGACAUGCCCAACUCGGAGCACCUUCGCGUCGUUUUUCGGCUCUCGUUCGCCCCGUCUGAUGCGUUUGUGCUCCUUCUAGCCGAUCCGAAAGCCCUCGAAUAUUAUUAUCAGCAAUGCGUCAAUGAUGUUGUUCGCGGGAGAUUCGCCAUGGAAAUGCGGUAUGAAGCUUGCAUACGCUUGGCUGCCCUUCAUGUGCAGCAAGUUGCAUUCGAUUGUCAUCUCCUCAAGGAGAACAAUAAAGUGUCGGUGAAUCGUGUUGAACGAGAAUAUGGAUUGGCGACAUUUCUGCCAGCAAUUGUCUUGGAAAACGUCAAACGACGCGACGUCCGGAAGCAUAUUCGAUUCUACUUGAAAAGGGACACGUCAAAAUUGAGCGAAUGUUUUGGAAAACCGACAGAGCCCAUCGAAAACGCGGUCGCCGGCUGCGAGCCGAGCAUGAUAGUCCGCCUCAAAUACAUUCACAUCGUCUCCCAUCUGCCAUCAUUUGGCGGCCGAUCGUUUUGUGUGACGUUCAAAGAAUCGCAAAUCGAUAUGCUGAUGCAAGUCGAGCCGCGAACCGGCCUUCUCGUCCGACAUCCCGGCAAAUCCGGCCAGCCAUCGAUAUCGAUCGGGUUCGACCUCAUCGGCAAACUCGUGGUUAAUCGCGAGACCGAAGUGGCGUCGCUGAUCAGCAUUCGGCUUGCCAACAACCCUCAUCAGGGCCUCGAAUUUCUCGUCGACAAGGAUGACCUCGACGACCUCGUCAUGUACAUUGUCGGCUACCAUCGCGUCAUGUACGAGAGGGAGCUCGAGUGCGAAAUCGACGAUUCGCCGCCGAAAACCAAAGAGCUUCCCGAAAAAGCGCCGCCAUACUCGUCGGUGCACACGGUGGUGAAAUCCGACUGGAAUUACAGCGGCGAGGCGACGCCGACCGUCGAGAAGCUCUUCGACCCGUCCGGUGGUCCGCCAUCGUAUGACAUAGCCAACUCAUAUGUGCAAAUCGCGUUCGGUCAGCAUUCUCGAAAAUCGUCGGAAGACCCAACGACAAAUGAGCCGAAGCGCCUCCUACGCGCCACCGAUUCGUUGCUCAUCAAGAAUUCGAGGGAGUUGCACUCGAAAGACGAACUCCGAUCGGAAUCCUCAGACACCGAGGACUCAUCCUUCUCAUCGCCCAUCAGAUCCCCUCAUCUAGAUCGAUUGUGCAAUGGGAUGAGCUUAAUGGAGCCUUCUGGCUCGCGACGAAGGGCUUCUAUUGAGACGCUGAUACAGCAUCAGCCAAACGCUAACCUGGAAAACCUGAUCCUGCAAUUCCCCGAGAUUCCCGAUGAUAUGCAAAGCUCAACAAACACCGUCAUCGCCAAUGGCAAAAAUACUUAUUCCAAUGGAAGCUGCGCUAGGCAGUAUUCAAGUGAAUUGACACCGGUAACCGGCGAGCAUCGAAUCGACGAUAACAACACCCUACUCACCGACAUCGAUGAUGAUGUGCCGCUUAUAUGA